UUCUCAUUUUAUUAAUCCAUUACAUUUUGUAUUCUUGUGUUCGUUGUCUAUUAUAUGAAGUUAUUACAAGUAAUAGAUUUAGUUUUAAACAUGACAAAAUAAUAUAUUUAUUUAUGUCAUGGUUUUAAAAUGGAUGAUAUGAAAAUCAAACUGUUUAAGGAAUUUAUCCUCAGUAGGAAUCGUAUACCAAAUCUCAUAGUUCAAACAUUUCCUGCAAGAAAAAAUGUGUUAGUUCGUUCACUUGAUUUUGAUGAUGGACAUUUUGACGACUUUGAAGAUGAUGUACUUCUAUUCAGUGAAGAGAGUAAAAGUAAAGUAUUUAAAACAAAAAUUAUAGGUUUUGCUGAAACUAUGGUUCUCAGAUUUGAAGAUAAGGAAUUCAAAUCUCAUUUUCGCCUAAAUAGAAGUAGUGUUCAGGUAGUAAUUUCAUAUAUAGGUCCCAUUUUAUCAUCAAAAUCUGUAAAGAUUAAUGUCGAAAAGCAAGUGUUAUUAUUCAUUUGGUUUAUGGCGAAUAAUGAAACACACCGACAAAUUUCAAAUAGGUUUAAUGUGGCAGAAAGCACUAGUCACGCCAUAGUAGAAAACUGUUUACUGGCAUUUAACGAAAUAGCUGGGAAGCUUAUUAUAUGGCCUUCGGGACUAACUGCAUUAAAUAAUGUAAAACAAUUUGAUAGGCUUCGUGGAGAUGAUUCGUUUCCUAAUGUUGUUGGAUGUAUUGAUGGUUGUCAUGUGAAUAUACUAUAUCCAUGGGAAAAAAGAACUAAGAUGCCCAAACUUAACAGAAAUAUGUUCUGUAAUAGGAAGCAAGUGUCUAGUAUAAUAUUACAGGGAAUUGUUGAUGCCAAUUUAAUGUUUAUUGAUAUAUUUGCUGGUUGGCCUGGUCGUUCUCACGAUGCACGAGUAUACCGUUGCAGUAAAAUUGGCCAAAAAAUAAUUAAUGAUCCUGAAUCUGUUUUGCCACCAUCAUGUCAUAUUAUUGGAGAUGGUGCAUAUCCAUUAACAGAAGGCUUGAUGAUACCCUUUAAGGAUAAUGGACGUUUGACAAGAGAACAAAAAAUAUUUAAUAAAAAAUUAAGUAGUAGUCGGAUAUUGAUAGAACAAGCAUUUGGGAAAUUAAUAGGAAGAUUUAGGAAAUUAAAACAUAUGGAUAUAUAUAAAAAGGAUUUGUGUGGUAAAAUUGUUACUGCGGCAUGUUGUUUACAUAAUGUUUGUAUGUCAGUGAAGGACACUUUUGACUGUGAUCCAAUAUCAACAGAAAUUGACUUUUUGGAAUCCAACGAAGAAGAAGCUAUAAGUGGUUUAGAAAAAAGAAAUAGGUUAUGUCAUUUAUUAGCUAUCUAAAUGUACAUCAAUAAAAAAAUAAGUUUCUUUAUAUCUAAUUAUAUUUGUAUUUAUUUUUUAAGGCUCCUUUCUAAGUCCUAUAUCAUAAUUUAAAAACUUGAAAAAAAAGAUUAAUUUUUGGGCAACUCUGGAUUUUAGUUAUUGAAUUGUAGAGUUUCUUUCCAUAAACAUAUUACAAACUUCAUA